UCGAUUUCUCUGUGUGCAAUUGAGGAAAGAACGUGGAAGGCACAGAAGCGGAGAGGAAACACAGGCGCGCACACACGCGGGGAUAUAUUUUGACGAAAAAUGCAAAGCUGUGCGAAAUCCUGGGGGCUCCUGGUCGGUUCAGUGGGUUUGUGGUCCACCUGCCCGAAAGUUAGGGGUUCUGCCCGGAGCAGCUUGGCGAUUUGCAGACCCAGACACUGGGGCAAACCCGAGCAACGGAGCGGCUGCAGCGUGCGACCCCUGAGCUCCAGUCCUCCCCAUUCCGCCGCUAGCAGCAGGUUGAUAGACAGAAUCUUGCCCAGGCACGAUGACUUCUCAGAGAGACACAUUGGACCAGGAGACAAAGAGAAAAGAGAAAUGCUGGACACUCUGGGACUGGCGUCUAUUGAUGAACUUAUUGACAAGACUGUCCCUGCCAGCAUCCGUCUCACUAGACCCCUGAAAAUGGACGAUCCCGUGUGUGAAAAUGAAAUCCUUGCCAGUCUACACAAGAUUGCAAGCAAGAAUAAAAUCUGGAGGUCUUACAUUGGAAUGGGUUAUUACAACUGCUCAGUACCACAAGCAAUUCUCCGCAACUUGCUGGAAAAUUCAGGAUGGGUUACGCAGUAUACCCCGUAUCAGCCUGAAGUUUCCCAGGGCAGGUUGGAAAGUUUGCUCAACUAUCAGACAAUGGUGUGUGACCUCACUGGCAUGGAUGUGGCCAAUGCCUCUUUGCUGGAUGAAGGAACAGCAGCCGCCGAGGCAAUGCAGCUGUGCCACAGACACAAUAAGCGAAGAAAAUUCUUUGUGGACGCUCGUUGUCAUCCUCAGACAAUAGCUGUUGUGCAGACAAGAGCAAAUUACAUAGGAGUGACAACAGAGUUGAAGUUGCCCCAUGAGAUGGAUUUCAGCAGGAAAGAUAUCAGUGGUGUGCUGUUCCAGUAUCCCGACAGUGAGGGAAGAAUUGAAGACUUUGCUGAGCUUGUUGACCUCGCACAUCAAAACGGAGCCUUGACAUGUUGUGCGACUGACCUGUUGGCAUUGUGUGUGCUGAGACCUCCUGGAGAGUUUGCAGUCGAUAUUGUACUUGGUAGCUCACAGAGGUUUGGUGUGCCACUUUCCUAUGGAGGUCCACAUGCUGCUUUCUUUGCCGUUAAAGAAAACCUUGUAAGACUGAUGCCGGGAAGAAUGGUCGGAGUUACGAGGGACGCUGCAGGAAAGGAGGUGUAUCGUCUUGCGCUACAGACGAGAGAACAGCAUAUCAGGAGGGAUAAAGCUACCAGCAACAUUUGCACAGCUCAGGCACUUUUGGCCAACAUGGCCGCAAUGUUUGCUAUUUAUCAUGGCCCGAAUGGACUGAAACACAUAGCAAAGCGUGUGCACAACGCUACUUUAAUUUUAGCUGAAGGUUUAAAACGUGCUGGGCAUAAGGUACAGCACGAAUUAUUUUUUGACACUUUGAAGAUCCACUGUGGUGUGGCUACCCAAGAGAUCGUUCACAGGGCUGCCCAACGGCAGAUUAACCUUCGAGAAUAUGGUAACUGUAUGCUGGGAGUGUCCCUGGAUGAAACAGUGACUGAGAGAGACUUGGAUGAUCUCCUCUGGGUGUUUGGCUGUGAAUCAUCAGCUGAGCUAAUAGCUGAGGGCAUGGGAGAUGAACCAAAGAGUAUCUUGGCUACACAAUUUAAGAGGACAAGCAAAUUCCUGACACAUCCAGUCUUCAGCAGUUAUCACUCAGAAACGAAUAUUGUCCGGUACAUGAAGAAAUUAGAAAAUAAAGAUAUUUCUCUGGUUCACAGCAUGAUUCCACUGGGAUCUUGCACGAUGAAGCUGAAUAGUUCCUCAGAACUCACGCCCAUUACUUGGCUAGAAUUUGGGAAUGUGCAUCCUUUCGUACCUCUGGAUCAGGCGCAAGGAUACCAGCAGUUAUUCCAGGAACUAGAACGGGACUUGUGUGAAAUCACUGGAUACGACAAAAUUUCUUUCCAGCCAAAUAGUGGCGCACAAGGCGAAUAUGCUGGAUUGGCAGCAAUUAAGGCUUAUUUAAAUUCAAAAGGAGAGAACCAGAGAACUGUCUGUCUGAUCCCAAGAUCAGCUCAUGGCACUAAUCCAGCCAGUGCACAAAUGGCAGGCAUGAAAAUCCAACCAGUUGAAGUGGACAAGAAUGGAAGCAUAGAUGUUGCACAUUUAAAAGCUAUGGUUGACAAGUAUAAGGAUAACCUGGCUGCCAUAAUGAUCACCUAUCCAUCUACAUACGGUGUGUUUGAGGAGAACAUUAGUGAUGUGUGUGAGCUAAUCCACAAUCACGGGGGACAAGUUUACCUGGAUGGAGCAAACAUGAAUGCACAGGUGGGCCUCUGUCGUCCUGGUGAUUAUGGAUCUGACGUGUCUCAUUUAAACCUGCAUAAAACCUUCUGUAUUCCUCAUGGAGGAGGAGGACCUGGCAUGGGACCAAUUGGAGUGAAGAAACACCUUGCUCCAUACUUGCCCAGUCAUCCAGUGAUCCCUCCAGUGUCCGAUAGUGAUGCUCGUCCUUUGGGUACGAUCAGUGCUGCCCCUUGGGGCUCUAGUGCCAUCCUGCCAAUCUCCCUGGCCUACAUUAAGUUGAUGGGAUCAAACGGACUUCAGCAUGCUUCUGAGAUUGCCAUUCUAAAUGCAAACUACAUGGCCAAGCGGCUGGAAGCUUUCUACAAAAUUGUUUUCAGGGGAGCAAAGGGUUACGUGGCUCACGAGUUCAUCUUGGAUGUGCGGCCAUUCAAGAAAACAGCUAACAUCGAAGCAGUAGAUGUUGCCAAGAGGCUUCAAGAUUAUGGAUUCCAUGCCCCAACUAUGUCCUGGCCUGUUUCGGGUACGUUGAUGAUUGAACCAACUGAAUCUGAAGAUAAAGCUGAACUAGAUAGGUUCUGUGAUGCUAUGAUAAACAUUCGACAAGAGAUAGCAGACAUUGAGGAGGGUAGAAUGGACAUGCGAAUAAACCCACUUAAGAUGUCUCCACACACACUGGCUUGUAUUGCUGCUCCAAUUUGGGACCGUCCUUACUCUCGCGAGCAAGCUGCAUUCCCAUUGCAAUUUGUGAAACCAGAAACCAAAUUUUGGCCGACAAUUGCUCGAAUUGAUGACCUCUAUGGCGAUCAGCAUUUGGUCUGUUCCUGCCCGCCUAUGGAAGCUUAUGAAUCACCCUUCACAGAGCAGAAGCGAGCUUCAUCGUAAGCUUCAUCAUAGAAUGGAUUUUUGUUUUGCAGGUGUUGGGUUCAGUGAAUAAUUACUGUUGAUAAGACCCAAAUUCUUGAUUCUUGUUUUUGUUGUUUUAUUUUGCAAAUUAAGAACUGGCAAGUCAAAUAUCUCAAUUUGUAUUGAAACAGCUGCUAAUGGUUUCUGAAAAGUAGACACUAUGUCUCAGCCACACUUUAUCUGACGGUUUUCUGUGCCUCAAAAUUGAGCAGCAUCGAGUUGCUUAAGUGGCCUUGAUCCUGUGCACUUUUAUCUUGCCUUGAGUUGAGAACUACCCUGGUUGCAGAUGUAUUGAAACUGUAAUGUAGUAUGUUCACUAUAGUACUGUUGGAGAAGCAGCAGGUUAUCGGACCAUACACUGACUGAGUGACAAAGUGGUCCUAGAAGGUAGUAUUUUUAAUGUUUACUUUGGAUGUUCUUGUUUGUAAUUGCCAAUCCUUCUGU